CUUCGAUUGUCGAGACAACCAUUUUACCUGUCUUAUUAUGAUAGAGUGUUUCAAUCAUCAACAAGAAUCAGUGCAAAAAUUGUUAGUUAGGAGAUUGUACUUCACAGAUGAUGUGGUUUUGUGAAAAUUUUAACUGAACUCUAUCGUAUCAUAGUUUUAUUAAUAGUCAUCCAUCGUAUUUAUUUAAAAAUUAGAUUAGUCCUUCAUCAAUCAUGUCUACGGGUAAACGUCUAGCGAAACGUUCAAUAAUCGGUACCAGAGUUUGCGCCCCCGGCGAAGACGGAAAGUACUAUUCCGGCGUAAUCCAAGCAGUGAAAACACCAGCGAACUUCUCCGAGAACAACAACUGCAUCAAUCUGACGCCGAACACGAGAUACACCGUGCGUUUUGAUUCCAGACAAGGCAACCUGGGCAGAACUACCGCCGAGUUCUUCGAAAGUGAUCUCAUCGGUCCUGGAUUUAAUUCAGUCCUAGGCACCGAACUCGUGUCCGGACAGAAAGUUUUCGUCACCCACAACGGUCGGGAAAUCAGUGGCGAGGUUUGCAACCACCACGCCGAAACCGACGAAGUCAUCAUCAGGAUCCAUCCGGCCGGCAUAGACGAACCGUUCGAGGUGCCCAAACGCCUCGAGGAGGUGCGCCUGUUGGAGUCGAGGAAGUCGGCCCGCCUGGCCGACCAGGACACCGACUUCGCCCGUUUGGCCGACAUGGCGGGCGACAGAAAGAGGACCGCCUCCCACACCAUCGACGUGCCGGCCCCGUCCUUCCACCACGGAUCUCGUAAAAGACGUCCGAGUCACAGUCAGGACGAUAUUCAGCUUCCGAAAGACAGCCAAAUGGACGAGUGCAGCGCCGCGUUGGUACUGAUGAGUCUUUCGUGCUCGCCGCACUCGCCGAGCCUCACAGCGUUAUCGUCGUGGCUGAGCUCAUCUCCGGGAAGCAGCAGCUCGUCAGCAUCCUACAGAUCGACCCCGUCGCCCCCGCCCCGUACCUACUCGCCCAAUUCGACGCCGCUGUCGACGAGUUCAGCGUCCGACGAGGGCAUCGUCAUGGACUACCCCGACGAGAUGCCCCGCAAGAAAAAGAACCUCACACGAAUCAUCUACCAAUGCACAUGGCCGAGCUGCAUCAAAACCACCCAAACAAACCAGGACAUUGAGGCGCACGUCAGGAACGAGCAUCUCAAGGACAAACUGUGCGCCGAGAACGAGGAGGAGUUCUACUACACGGAGCUGGAGGUGGGCCAGACCAGCCCGGCUCCGACCCUCUCCCACAGAGACAUGGCCCGUCCGCCGCACGAGGACCCCGACUACCAGCGUGCCAUCGUCGGCAACUACCGCAAUCUCCUCAACGCGCCCCCGAUGGUGCCGCAGUCGCCCCACAAGCUCCUCAAGCUCUCCAUGAGGCCGAACAGCCCCAAGAUGCCGGUGUCGCCGCGUCGUGUGCGCGGUGAGAACAAGAAGUGCCGCAAGGUGUACGGUAUGGAGCACAGGGAACAAUGGUGCACCCAGUGCAAGUGGAAAAAGGCGUGCAGCCGAUUCGGCGAUUGAAUUACAAUUAACACUGUGCUUUGAAGUACGUAAAUCCAACAUUGUGUUCUAUAUAAAGGAUUGGACAUGAAUCGUGGAUGGUUUGCCCCCCGCCCCCCAGAUCUCAUACUGCACUACAGUACAAUUAAUUGAUAUUUUUUUGCGUUUGCUCAAAAGUACGAUGUUCCGCAUCGGGCGAACGUGAGGCCUCAUUUUGUAACGGGGAUGAAAUCCCCCUCCGUGUUAACACAUACAAAUUAUCCAAAGAAUAAGGCUUUAAAUUUUUACUGUAGACGCCCCCCAAGCUGAAAUGACAAUUUGCCUUUACGUUUUGCUUCGACAAGGAAAUCGUAAUUUGCAGCCUUCUUCUCAAACUGAUCUAACUGUAAGAUCAAUCGAGCUAUAUCUGUGUUUGUAUUACUGUACCCAAAGAAACAACGAACCUCAAGUCAUCUUAUAUAAACAAGAAGACCCCUUAAAACGGUUUGUAUCAGUUGAUGGGUACGUUUUGACUGGAAAAUCAUUAUUUAUAUAUAUACGCAUCCAGUAUAAGCAAUCAAAUGUUUUAUUUCUACUAAAAUAAUUUAUUUAUAUAUAAGUAUUUUUAAGACCGAGAUGUUUAAUUAUAUACAUAUUAUAGAGUUGAAUGUUAUUGUGUUUGUUGUCAUUGUUGAUGAGAUUAUUAGUAGAGUAGUUUUGCGGAGAGGCACCCGCAACAAAAUCUGUAUCUUAGGGCGCCCCCCCGCUGAUUGAGAGAACUAUCUGACAUGUUUCGUUAUGUUUAUUUAUAAGCUUAAUCUACCAACAUUUAGCCAUAACUAUAGACAAAGAGAGUGAAAGGAGGAGAGAAAGAAAUGGUGGUCACAGAAGCAACUGAAACACUUCGCAACGGAGAUUCAAAUUACUUAAAUAAAAUGGCAAUAAAUUUGUGUGUACAUAAGUGCGCUUAUUGUUCGACGUUUCGGGAUGAUGGGCGUACGUACUGAGUCAAUGAAAAUUAUGUGUAAAACGAGUGAUCUCAGAACCCAAAUGAAAAUUUUGUAGAUCAUCGUAACGCGCUACAUUACCUUUACAUAGAACUGUAGUCGGUACGGGACGGAUUUUACAUAAAAAGUGAUCGAUACGUAACAAAGGCAAAUGAUUACAUAACAUUAAAUAGCUGCAGUUUGUUAAUGGAAGUCCUAGUCACUCGUUCAAACCAUUCGUCAACCAAAUUAAUGAGUUACGAGUACUUUUUGUGUAAAAUCUUGAGGCUGUACAGUUUUACCAUAUUUUUAAAAGCCAUAUUAAUUCUACUUUGUACUUUAUUUUCCUUUGUACUAUUUUUUCCCGGGUAAGAAAACUGAAUUGGAUGACGAACCUGCCAUAAAUCGUAAUCAUAUUAUCCUCACGCUGUUGCGUUUUCAAAUUACCGUGUUGUUUGUUGAAGACGGGUUGAAACAACAGAGGGGUAGUUUGGAAGCUGAUUAAUUGCAAUUUUUUAUAAUGCGGAGGCAUGAUUAUUUACACUUGUAAGCUUUUGUAUCAUAUACGAUCUGUUGAAUUGUAAAUACUUAUUUCCUACGUUUAUAAAAGAACUAAGCAUUAGUUUGUGAGCAGUUUAGAUAUAGACAACUGAUUUCAUUACCUCUGUGUCUUUCAUUUUAUUUUUAUUAUUGAUCAUGAUCAUUGAAUUACAUUUAGAAUAUUUAUAUAAUAUAUUUUUCAGAGUAUUCAUAUACAUGUAUUUUAAUGUUAAGUUAUAUUCCUUUGUGUUAAGUUUUAUUGUAUAAUUUUAGAUAAGACGUACGUAUUUUAGAGAAAAUCAUAUUUACAGACAUUACAUUAUUAUAUGAUUAUUUACACGAGCAAAUGAUUGAGUGAUUUUUGAAAUUUAAAUUGUGAAAUUUAAUAAUAAACGUAUAUAUUAUACCUAA